AGGCCGCACUUAAACGUUCCUCUCUCUCUAACAUUACUAACUCUCUUGUGUUCGUCUCCACCAAACAGAUCCAACUUUGAUUUCCUUCAAUUUCUUUUUAUCGGGUAUUUCAAUAUGUCUGGAAUUAUAGGUCGAAAAAUGGCCACCAAAGGCAUUUUGAAUAUGAAUCAGUUGCUGUUGGGAAGCAGGGUAUUUGCAUCAAGAACUUUUUCUUCAUCAGCUAAAGAGAUGACUGUACGUGAUGCUUUAAAUUCUGCUUUGGAUGAAGAAAUGUCUGCUGAUCCAAAGGUUUUUGUAAUGGGUGAAGAGGUUGGUGAAUACCAAGGAGCCUAUAAGAUUACCAAAGGGUUGUUGGAUAAAUAUGGUCCGGAUAGAGUUCUUGAUACACCGAUUACUGAGGCUGGAUUCACGGGGAUUGGAGUUGGUGCUGCUUACCAUGGUUUGAAGCCAGUUAUAGAAUUCAUGACUUUCAACUUUUCAAUGCAGGCAAUUGACCAUAUUAUCAAUUCUGCUGCAAAAUCAAAUUACAUGUCUGCUGGUCAGAUAUCAGUCCCCAUCGUCUUCAGGGGUCCUAAUGGCGCUGCAGCUGGAGUUGGUGCCCAACAUUCUCAGUGCUAUGCUGCAUGGUUUGCUGCAUGUCCUGGAUUGAAGGUGCUAGCUCCAUACUCUUCCGAAGAUGCUCGCGGCCUGCUAAAAGCUGCUAUCAGGGAUCCAGAUCCUGUUGUUUUUCUGGAAAAUGAACUGCUAUAUGGUGAGUCUUUUCCUGUUUCGGCUGAAGCUCUUGAUUCUAGUUUCUCUCUUCCAAUUGGAAAAGCUAAGAUAGAACGUGAAGGAAAGGAUGUCACAAUUACUGCUUUCUCAAAGAUGGUCGGUUAUGCUCUUCAGGCCGCUGAAAUUCUUGCAAAAGAAGGAAUUAGUGCUGAGGUCAUAAAUUUACGCUCUAUCCGGCCACUUGAUAGACCCACCAUUAAUGCUUCUGUGAGGAAAACUAACAGACUUGUAACCCUUGAAGAAGGGUUCCCACAACACGGCGUUGGAGCUGAGAUCUGUGCAUCUGUGGUUGAGGAAAGUUUUGAGUAUCUUGAUGCACCAGUCGAGAGGAUAUCUGGGGCUGAUGUGCCUAUGCCAUAUGCAGCAAAUCUGGAAAGAAUGGCUGUUCCACAGGUUGAAGAUAUUGUUCGCGCAGCAAAAAGGGCAUGUUACAGAGCAGAAAAAUCAGUUCCAAUGGCUGCAGCUGCUUAAGCUUGGUAGCAACACAGCCUACCAACCCGGUUUUAGGCAUUUUAUUUCCUCUUUUGUGGAUAAUGAUUUUUUAUCCACCUGUGGGUGGAUGCUUCUUUAUUUACCAUCCCUGAGAAGUUUAGUUUGACCAUGAAAAAGAAAGAAGAAGCUAUGGUGAAACUAAAAUAGUGAGUGAUAUCCGAAAUAAAACUUGAAGAAAAUAAAUUUUGUCGUAUUUUGCCCUCUUUUAGCUGAUGUGUUGCCAAAUGUUUUGUAAGACAAACAUAUGCUUACUGGUGGAAAAGCAUCCCCUUGCUACUUUGCUGAGUUUGAACUGUGUUCGUACUAAAUGGUUCACGAGAACAAACUCUAUGCCGAUAUGCGUAAUAUCAUCUAGUCUCGUUGUAUUA